AUGCUUGAAGCUCUCAAACCGGAGCAUUUCGAUAAAGUGAUCUCAGCAAGUCGCAUAAUAUCUGGUUAUAGUGAAGCAACACUAUCAUUUCGCUCACCGUCUCUUGCACUUCAUAUGAGAACAAUCUUAUUAGCGGCAUCGUCUGCAGCCAGAACUCUUUUACUCAAAAAAAGUCCAAUUUUGGGCAUCACAGAUUUUGACUCUGCAUUGAAACAUAUUAAAGGAUUUAGAGAGUUACUUGAAACAAACUGGAAAUUUGAAAUGGGCAGUUUAGCGUUAAAGGAUCUCAAUGAAAAAAAAACCACAAAUCCUCAGAAAUUACCAGUAACUCAAGAUAUAAUUUUAUUUAAAAAUUAUACCCAAGAAAUAGCAGAAACAUGUGUCGCUGAUUUGAAGGCAAAUACUAACAAUAUACAAUCUUUUAAAAAACUUACAGAAACAAUACUUGCUCUUACUAUUAUAUUAAAUAGAAAGAGAAUAGGUGAUGUACAAUAUACUAAGUUAAAAUCGUAUUACCAAGAAUCCAAUGACAUUAACCAAGAAGAAUGUCUAAAUUCAAUAACAGAAGCCGAAAAAAUGUUAUCAAAUCAUUUUAAACGUAUUGUUACAAUAGGAAAAGGAAGUAAGCCGGUGCCAAUACUUUUCUCAAAAAAUAUACAGAAUUACCUAGAUGUUUUACUCUCGGUUAGAAGAAAUACGACUUUUGUUCCUCAGGAAAACCCGUUCUUAUUUGCGUUGACGAAUAGUUCCUCCAAGUGGGUAGAUGGCUCAUCUGUACUACGAAAAUAUGCAAUACAAUGUGGUGCUAAAAACCCUUCCACUUUGACUUCUUCUCGUCUUAGGAAACAGAUAGCCACCGUCUUACAAAUUUUAAAUUUAAACGAAACCGAAAUUGAACAAGUCGCAACAUUUAUGGGCCAUACGAAAAAGACGCACGAAGAAUUUUAUAGAUUGCCGCAGGAAGUGUUUCAAAUAGCAAAAAUUGCCAAAUUACUAUUAAUGAUGGAAAAGGGAUUGGGAGGAGAAAAUAAGGGUAAAACUCUCGAUGAAAUAGACUGUGAACUGGAAACGUGGGUUAAAAACUCAGAGAAAAAUAGAUCUAGUGGUAGCGAGAUUGAUAUAGCAGAAGAAAAUAUUAUGGAUAAAGAUUCCGAGGGUGAGAUGGCAGAUAAGAACAAUUCUGAUAAUACGGAUAAAGACACCGAAAUUGGCGUGGAAGAUAUGGCACCCAAAACGAAGAAAAUCAAGAAAAAGAAGGAAACUAAAGAAGAGAACGAAAAAAAGGGGAGGAUGGAAAAGGCAGGAAAAGAUAGAAAUAUAAUAAAAUGUCGUGGCAGUUGGAAUGGAAAGCAGAAAGCUGUAAUGCUAAAAUUUUUAAAAAAUCACAUUAAAAAUAAAAUAUCUCCGAAAAAAGAUGAAUGUGUUAAAUUGCAACGAGAGCACCCAGACUUAUUUAAGGAAAAAAAAUGGGUUCAGAUUAAAGUUUUUAUACACUUAUAA